AUUUUGCCAUUCACUUCCAGCUCGACCUCCCACCAUGCCAAAUUCAAGAGACGUCGGCCGCGUCGUAAUGGACGUGGCCUUUUUCGCCGCGUCCCAGGUGGCGCUGUACUAUGCGCUGCGAUACGUCCUGUCGUCGCUCGCCGAGCCCGGAGGCGCGACGAAGAAGGCGAAAGCCAAGGGCGAGUCGCUGCUCAGCCAGACCGGCCUGUCGAAGGAACAGCUCGCCGCGCUCGAUUUGGACGAGUACGAGACGUCAAUCGCGGCCGAGAUCAUCCCGCCGAAUGCGCUCGAGACGACGUUUGAGUCGAUUGGCGGCCUGGACGAGAUCAUCUCGAGCCUCCGCGAGACGGUCAUCUACCCGCUCACCUUCCCCGAGCUGUUCGCAUCUGGCGGCGGGCUGCUGUCGGCCCCGCGCGGUGUGCUGCUGUACGGCCACCCAGGGUGCGGCAAGACCAUGCUCGCCAAGGCGCUGGCAAAAGAGUCUGGCGCGACGUUUAUCAACCUCCCCCUGUCGAGUCUCACGAGCAAGUGGUUUGGCGAGAGCAACAAGCUUGUCAACGGCUUGUUCUCGCUUGCGCGCAAGGUCCAGCCUAGUAUCAUCUUUAUCGACGAGAUCGACUCGCUCUUCCGCGAGCGCUCGGCAGCCGACCACGAGGUCACGGGUAUGCUCAAGGCCGAGUUCAUGACGCUGUGGGACGGCCUCACGUCUGGCUCGGACCGCAUUCUGGUGCUUGGCGCCACUAACCGCCCCAACGACAUCGACCCCGCCAUCCUCCGACGCAUGCCCAAGCGCUUUGCGAUCCGCCUGCCAAACUACGAGCAGCGGGUCAAGAUCUUGACACUGAUGCUGUCACAUACCAAGACGGCUCCCGGCUUCACGAUCGAGGCGCUCGCGCGCAAGACGGACGGCCUGUCAGGCUCCGACCUGAAAGAGACGUGUCGCAACGCCGCCAUGGUCCCCGUCCGCGAGUUUAUGCGUGAAAAGGGCAAGGCAGGAAAGGAUGGCCUCGAGGCCGCGCGCAAAGAGGGAUUCAAGGUCCGCCCACUCACACUGGAAGACUUUGCGCUCCACGACUCUCACGCGCACAACUAUGUCGACCCAUCACGCAGGGCCGCGCCCACAGCGUACAUUGACCCUGUCGAUUAGAUUGUUUGUUAGAUUGCAUGGUUCGGUUCGCGCGCAUGCAUCCCAUCUCACACGGA